AUGGCGGUAAGCAGACCUCAAUUACAUAAUAAGGGCUAUGUACCGAACAUUUUUGGCUCACAAGGUUAUAGGGCUAAUCGUAUUGCACGACAUAUAGUGAAAUUUGAGACUUCUCUACAUUACUCUGAUCCUUUGCAUCGUAUUAAUCGGUACAUCAGAGGAUUUGCAUAUCAAUUGGAAACGUUCCCUGAAGCAAUUCAACAGAUCCAGAGCAAGAAGGAAGUAGAGAAUCUCAAAGAGAUGGCUAAGGACAAGUGGGAUGAGGGUGCACUGAGGCAGAGGGCGUCGGAGGGGGUGGGCGCUGAGCAGAUGCAGCCGAUCCAGAGCGAGAAGGAAGCAAUGAGUCUCAAAGAGAUGGACCAGUGGGACGAGGGUGCGCUGAGGCAGAGGGCGUCAGAGCGGGUGGGCGCUGAGCGGCUGCAGCGCGGCCCAGUGAAAAGGGGAGUGCCGGAGGGGAAGGAGAGGGGGCGCCCUCAAAAGAAACGCAACAGACACCUCAUCGACUACGAAGACGACUUGGAUGCGCUCAAACUCUUGAUGUUUUGCCACCAGUCCUUUCGCGGCGUCAUCAUGAGGGAAAAUGACGCGGGGUCGAGGUGGCGCGGAAUUGCAUACGACCCACCAACUGGCAAGAAGCGCUUGUACAGAUGGAAGAGUGGCGGAGCUGGUGACGAGGGUGGCCGUGCGGCUGCAGCGCUCCUAGCGGCGCGAUCGCUAGGCUCAACUGAUGUAGAUGUGAGAGCAGCAGCCUUAUGGGACAUCAGCUUCUCAAAUUACAGGCUACGAUACGGCGGCAUUGAAAUGCGCAUUGUUGGUAACUCCAUCUUGCUGUUGGAAGAGAUGAAGAAGCGACUGCGCAUGAAUGUUUCCGUUUCUUUCCAAAGGAACUUUGGUGCCGAUUCUGGGCACACAACAUUCGAUAUUCUAGAAAAACUGCUGGUUCAGGGAAAAUUUGAAUUGGUGCCACAAUACUCUAUCUACAAGGCAACACAUCUGAUAGAUAUUGUUUCAUCCGGAGAGUAUGGUCGCUACAUUGUGCUGGUUCCGUAUGCGUCGCUGCCAGCGUGGUCGCUGCCGCUGCGCGUGUUCUCCGCGAUUGGUCGCGCUGGCUGGACGGGGUGGCGUAACGCGCUGGCGUGGCGGUGUGGCGGGGCGAGUCGUGGCGUCCAGGCCGCCGCGCGCCUGUCCGCCUUUCCUCGUGCGCGGCGCGCCCAGCAGGACAGGGUGCGCGCACGCGCAGCGCUGCACUGA